GUUGUUCAAAUCACACUUCCUUGGUGUUGUUCUCAGCUUCGCGGAAAUGUCGAGAACCUGUUGAACAAAACAAAGUUUUUCAGCAUCAUAAGUUUUGAAAACAUUCUCUUUGAAUUCACACUUCCUCUUUGGGUAAUUAUUUCGAAAUCAGUUAAGGGUGACCUUCAUACACACAGCUCAUAAAAAAACAAGUAGGACUGUCCCGAAUAAAACACGAACUUGCAGUAGCUAAUUAAACCAUGGAGCUAUAGCUCCAUGAUUAUUCGAGCGGCUUAAAGGAAAUGGUACUUUUACUUCCUCUUUGCGCAACUUCCUUCUACUUGAGGUGAAAGCUGAUGGAAAACACCGCUACUUUAAAUAGAUUCGCACGACUGUUGUUUCUGCAUUUUCUUGUUGCUUGUGACAUGUGAUCGUGUGAAGACUGUUUAUAUAUCUGGAGUUUCUAGACCAACCGAAGCAGUAUACAGCUUGUACUAGGAAACCAGGUUCGUGUUGUGGCUAGCUAGUAGUGGUUAUUGAGACUACGAGAAGAGCGCCUCGAAACUUGUCACUGCUAUUUCCAGGACAACAACAAAAUGAAUCCCGGGAAAAGAACUUUCGGAUUCAGCAUUGAGAAAAUCUUGUCAGGGCUUUCGGAUUUCGGCAGCAGGAGUCUUAACCUUAGCGUGCUGGUGAACGAUCCGUCACUGAGAGAGGCGUACUUGGCAGCCCAGACCGACGGUGAGCUACCAACCAACCGAGCCCGGGUCCUGAUCCUCGGCGAGCCUCGCGCCGGUAAAACCAGUCUUCUGAACCGGCUCCUGGGGAGAGAGUUCGACAUCCGGGAACUGCCGACCGAGGGGAUUGAGACGCGCAUGUGUCACGUGACCAACGUGGAUAAGAGGUGGAACGAAUCGGUCGCGGCCAAGGCAGACGACAUCCGGGAAUGCGCAUCCGCGGUGGCCAUCUUCGGCGAGGCGUCCUCGGACAAAACCAAGAUGAAAAACGCCAACAGUAACCCCGCCAAAUCAUCAGUGGCCCCGAACGCAGCCUCGGCCGUCAAUCCCGGAACCAGCAGUGACCUGAACAAAAUCUUCAAGUUUAUGCAAAUUUUUAUCGUUGUUGCAGUUGUCUACAUACUCGGGAUGUUUCGGUACGGCUACUUCGUGUUCGUGUGGUGCACCAUUGUCGCCAUGGCUACGCUAUUAGACUACAACAACGCCUAUCGCUUUGCGACCUCGCUAACUUUCUGCUGGGUCCUCUUGGAAGCCUUGAUCCGGAUUGAUCAGCCCCUCGAAGCACUAGCUUGUAAAACCGAUUCCAAGACUCCUCACAGAGAACCCAUGGAUUUCGCCUCCAACAUCGCCCUGGUUUCGAUAGCCACAGUUCUCGUCGGUAUAUCUCAAGGUCUUGGGUUUCGCACGGGACUUGCCGUGGCCUUCUCUGCCUGUGCCCACCCAUCUGAAACAAACUUCACACUGGGCACUGUUUCACAAAGUCUAGAAGCCUCCUGGAAGAUCCUGGUGGUGUGCGUGCUAUUCGGGGUGGGAGGCUUCAUAGGUUUCGCCUGCUACAAGUUCUGUACGGCUGAUGAUCGGUGGCACAAAAAGAGAACGGCUGUCGCAUGGUCUCUAAUGUCACUGUUGAUUGCUGCUUAUUUGAAGAGCGAAUGUCGCUACGCACCUUAUUGGUUCAUCUGUCUCAAUGGGUGUUUCAUGACAAUCGGAGGGGCGUGGGGAUCAAUCGUGGGCAGGAGAGCGGUUCUGAAGUACCGCCUGAACGCUAGUUAUGCCACCAAAAAGAUCCUGGGGGUUCUCUUUGGUUUGUACCUUGCGUACGUGUGCGGCUGGUCGCUGAGGGUGCCAAACACCUCAUUGCUGUCUAUUGGGUUUUUCAUUCUAUCCAUCACUGCACAUCCGCUGUUCGAUCUCCACACCGCUUACAGGAUAUGGCGCGCAAAGUCAGUCUUCCCGAUCAAGCUCAUCCGGAACCAGAUGAAAGCGAAAGUCCAGGGUCAGCCACUCUUGGAGACCAAGCUGAGUCUGUGGGACUUCGCUGGGGACUCUCUCUACCACUGUGCCCACCACGUCUUCAUGCCAGACCGGGCUCUGUAUGUGAUCGUCUUCAGCUUACAGGCCGCUGUCAACGACGAGAAUGGCCAACUGCAGAAGCUUCUGUUCUGGUUGCAUUCCGUCUGUGCGCAUGCGCGCCAUCCAGACGCCGUCAUCAUGAUUGUGGGCACCCACAAGGAAAGUGUCACUGAGACAAGCAGCGUGCAUUUCACCGAUGAGCUCCAUCGUCGGAUUACACCUCCUUUCUGCCAUCGACUCGUUGUUAAUCCGCUCACCGACCGUCCGCUCUUCCUGGUGGAGAAUUCGGAGCCGCUCGAUCGCGAUUUCCGGCAGCUGCGAGCAGAGAUAUUCAGACGGGUUGAGAGCGCCGAGUACGCCCGAGAGAAGUAUCCCAUCAAGUACCUUCACUUCUACCGCGAGAUACAAAACCGACGGAAGCUGGCCGAAGAAGACCGUGCCGAAAAUGUCAUGACACUGACGCAGGUGCAAGCCCUGGCCACACGGACCUGCUGCUUGACGGACAUAAAGGACGUGAAGAACAUGCUGAAAUUCUUCGGCGAGGCAGGAGAGGUCAUAUACAAAGAUGACGACGAGGUGCUGAGACAACACGUUGUGCUGGACCCCCAGUUUUUAGUCGACGUCAUGAAGAAGUUGGUGCAAAUCCCUCGCGCGUGCAAUCGAUCCCACCGCUUCGCCGCGGAGUGGAUGAACUACGAGAAUACUGGGAUCAUCACCGAGGGUCUACUGCUGCACAUUUAUGGCGACAUGCCCCAUCUUGUUCCUCUGGUAACCCAUCUCCUCCAGGCCUACGAUCUCAUGUGCCUGGUCGUGCCUAGUGUCAACCCAAACUGCCCUGAGAAGUCCUUCCUUGUCCCUGCGAUGCUACCUCCUUAUCAGGGUGACUCGGUGAAGUUCUGGGAACCAAUGAGCGGCGAGGAGAUCUUCUACUUCGACUUUGGCUUCUUCGAUCCCAGUACCGUCUACUACCGUCUACUAGCCCGCUGCCUGAACCACGCUUGCUGUUCUUACGAGCCGAAUGCCAACAACUCCCGGCCGUUGAUCUUCGCGGACCGGUGUCGUUUCAAUGAAGGAACCAGUUUCAUCUUCAAGUUGCAGCUGGAGAGGCGGUCCUCCCAGCAGAUGCUUCUGUCAGUCACCGUCCUUGCGUUCGAGCAGAAGUACCCAAACACUAAGCUUCUCCGUCGCUUGCUGGAGGUUGUGAGGAGCAUAACAGCGAGGGAUUACCCGCACCUCCGAUUCACCUUUGGCCCUCGCUGCCCCUUUUGUGACCCGCCACUUGUACCUUCCUCGUCAAAGAUCGAUGAGGAAGAAAUCGCUGAAGGAGCUCCCAAGGAGGACAAACUCGACCAGGCAAUUCACGUCCUGAAAAUGGCCGGACAUGACCAACCCUUCCCAACAACGUCACCUGUCGUGAUGCUCUGUGGUCAGAGGAGGUACGAGCUUCCGGUGUCUGGAUGUUCAAGCCAACCCCUGUUAACACGGAGCUACAGCCAUCCUCCCCAGCGUGUGGCUUAUGCAUUGGACACGCCCAUCACUAAGCUACCACCUGACAUCUUCCACCGAGUCUGCGCACUUCUCAACAGCUCACUCGGAAGCAGGAACUGGAGAACGUUGGCAGGUGAACUGGGCAAAGACGUGGAGACCGUGGCAGCGUUGGACAGCGAGCGGGUGGCCAACCCGACCGAGUGCCUGCUCCGGGAGUGGGUGAUGAUGGACGGCAACGUGACGGUCGGUGACUUGCUCGAGGUCCUCGCUAGACCGUCACUCCAGCGGACUGAUAUCAUACAGACGUUGCGUGCUCAGAUGUCACAGUCUUGAACAUUGUACAAAGGGAUUGACGUACGUCAGCAAGUUUAGAGGAGAAAAGGAAUUGUGUUCGCAUCUCAAUAUGGGGAAAAACACACCGUUCGCGUGUGCCACGGCGCAAGACGCUUCUUUGCUGCGCAGUUUUUUGACCAGCGCCAUUUGUGUUACUGUGUAUAAACGCAUCCGACGGCACUACAGGAGACUAUGUAAAAAUUACAUUUUUUUGUUACUGUCAAAUCCAAAUUUCAAACACGUGUUGAACAAAACAUCGACUUCACGGCAACAUAUCAAAAGUCGAAAAAAAAAUCCCCUUUGAAUUCACAUUUCCUCUUACACAGGGUCGUUAUUUCGAAAUCCGUCAAUUUCAGUAUGACAUUAAAACAUACAUGUACAGCUCACAAAAAAUGACUUCCCCAAGCGCACGGGAACGGGGGGGGGGGGGGGGGGG